AUGAUUGGUUACCUUGUUUUACUUGCGCUUGGAAUCACUGGAGUAAGAGGUGGCGUCGUUGGAGAAUGCCGAUCAGAAUGCGUCGAACGGAAUCUCUACAGAAUUGUUCGAGUCCAUCUGAAGGAAGACUUCGUGAUGGUUGGCAUCUGCAGGAAUACCACAGUGUCCACAGGUGUUUUAUCGACUGUGAUCCCGUUCAUAUGUAACCGCCACCAUGGUAUUUGGACGUUAGAUGAAGCCGACGAGGAAGGCAUCGUUCAGUUCAACAUCCGAUGCCCACCGAACGAUCCUGUUCCACUACUACAGAUUGCUACCUGCCCACGAUCAUUUUAG